UAAAAGUUAAGUUUUGUUAGCUCUAAAUGAACAUGGUAGUUUCCAAGUACGAACUCAACAAUACCAUGGAUGACGAUUAUUUUUCCCAACUAUUUUGCACUGAAUCUCCAUUGAACCUGGGAAUCUGUCCUCCAGCCAUGAUGGGAAGAUCAUCAGAACAGCAUAAAUUUGAGCCUGCUAAAUUAUUUGGCAUCACUUCUACUCAGCCUCCGGAAUCACCACCAUCAGCCCUUCAUGCAACCGAAAGUUACAUGGGUUUUGAUCAAAAUGAACAUCGAGUCGGAAAUUCUCCAGCUUCGUACUCACAAUUUCCCGCUUCUGAUUUACAUAUCGUCUUAUGUAAAUCUUCCGGGUAUAACUUUUUCACUGCCGAGCGAGCUGGCUCCAACUUUGACUUCAGGGACACCUUGCAAUCGCUUGUGAAAUCUCAGUUGUGCAUAGAUCAAUCCAAUUCUUCUUCGGAGAAAUCAAAUAAAAUUCCAUGCAAUAAUAUGACCAAGCUUUCUUCCCACGACGAGAACAUGCUGCUUGCUGAUCAGAAUAUUACCUUAGUCAGGAGAGAACUUCCGGUUCCUUCUGAUUCAAAUCAGGGUCUUAAUGUUUGCCACAGUUCAUCAUACACGCCAGCUCCCUCGAAAAAACGGCGAGUCAGAUGGACUCAAGAUCUUCACGAGAAGUUCGUCCAGAGCGUGAAUCUCCUUGGUGGUGCUCAGAAGGCAACACCUAAAGCAAUACUGAAGCUGAUGGACACAAAUUUAUUAACCAUAUUACAUGUGAAAAGUCAUUUACAGAACUAUCGAACUGCAAAGUACAUCCCGGCAUCUUCACAGGAAAAUUCUGAGAGAAAAAGCAGUGCAAAGGGCAUACCUGAGAUCCCCAUGCAAAUCAGCAGCAUGCAAAUGAAGGAGGCAUUACAACUGCAACUUGAAGUUGAGAGGCAUCUUCAUGAACAAUUAGAGCUUCAGCAAAAUUUACAGUCGCUGAUUGAAGAAGAAAGUAGGCAGCUCAAGAUGAUGUUUGACCAGCACCAGAAAAGAUACAAGAGACCGUUCAAGACUCAGAACUCUCAAGUUUUGUCCCCAAAUGGCCAACAUACAAGUCCUGAAGAUGCUCAGUAGUUUAGUUUUGGAGAAGUUUCUGGUGAUACUCAAUUCACGUCCUAGAUAGUGCAGAGCGCACCCCCCAACCCAGCCAAGUAGCCCAUGAAAUGCGACGAAGACCUAGGAUGAUUAAUCAUUGUGUUGUACCAAACAUGCAAAUCACAAUAAUCUUAUUUUGUGUGAUUGAAUAAA